AUCACUUCACUCUCUCAGAACGUUCCCUCACGUCUUCGUUCGCUCUCCGUUUCUCCUUUCUCCUUUCUCCUCUUCGUUUCCCCUCUUUCGUUUCACCUCUUUCUCCUUUCUCCUUCCUUCGCCUCCAUUUGCACCUCCAUUUGCGCCUCAGUCCACGAUUGUCGCCGUUCUCAUUUGCUCGAUUGGACGCAAGACGAAGAAGACGCGCUCAUCGCCGGAGUUGAAAAGCACAGUCCCGGAAAGUGGAAGAACAUUCUCAAAGAUCCCCAAUUCGCCCCUUUUCUCACUUCUCGUUCCAACAUCGACCUCAAGGACAAAUGGCGGAAUUUGAGCGUCAAUAACGGUUCUCAAGGCUCCAAAGACAAACCUAGGGUUCCCAAGCUCAAGGCUCUUCCUCCUCCUCCACCUCCUACUUCUGCCACCUCCUCCACCACCACCACCGCUCCUCAAAACGCCCCUCCUACUCCUCUAAACGCACAGGUCGAGGUUGCUGCCCUUGAUUCUUCUCUGAAUGACCAAGAUGUCAAAAAACCCCCGAGGUAUAAUGCAAUGGUUUUUGAAGCUUUAUCAGCACUAAAAGAUAAUAAUGGAUCUGAUCUAAAUGCCAUUGUUAGUUUCAUCGAGCAAAAACAUCAAGUUCCUCAAAAUUUUAGAAGGGCAUUAAGUACAAGGUUGAUGAGGCUUGUUAGUCAAGGGAAACUUGAAAAGGCACCAGAUAUUGAAAGUUGUGUGUCAUCUCCGCAUGAAAUACUAGGAUCAAGUGGUGGAAGCAAAACACCUUAGACUUAGGACUUUUAAUGUUGUCUUUUUUUCUUAGAUGCUUGAAUAUUUUGGUACUCUUAAUGUUGUCUUUUUUUUUCCAAAUGCUUGAAUUGGUACUUUGAUGUAGUUAUGUUAUAUUAACAAUGAAUCAAUUUAGUUUAUCAAUUUCUAUUUGAUAGU